GUAAUAAAACACAUUUUCAGCGAAGAAGACGCUACUCAGAUCAGCCCAGCCUGCUCUAGCUUCUGUAACUCUAAGAAAAUGGCGGCGUCCGUGUGCCGAGUCGGGAGCACCGUGGGUCGUACCCUCGCCAAAACCCGCAGUCCCAUCCUGCUGUCUUUGAGGCGUGGACAGGCCUCAGUCAGCUAUGCCCAGAGCCUGCUGGGAGCACCUGAAACCCGUCUUACUGCCUUGGACAAUGGCUUGAGGGUUGCAUCUGAGGAGACUGGACAUGCUACAUGCACUGUUGGAUUGUGGAUCAGUGCUGGCAGUCGCUAUGAGAGUGAGAAGAACAACGGAACUGGCUUUUUUCUGGAGCACAUGGCUUUCAAGGGAACUAAGAAACACCCUCAGACAGCCCUGGAGCAGCAGGUAGAGUCUAUGGGUGCCCACUUGAGCGCCUACACUUCCCGGGAGCAUACUGCAUACUACAUGAAGAGCCUGGCCAAAGACCUGCCUAAAGCUGUGGAGCUGCUCUCCGAAGUUGUGCAGAGCUGCUCGCUCAAUGAAGCAGACAUCGAGCAGCAGAGGGCUGUGGUGCUGCGUGAGCUAGAGGAAGUUGAGGGCAACCUGCAGGAAGUUUGCCUGGACCUGCUUCAUGCCACGGCCUUCCAGGGCACUCCUUUGGGACACAGUGUGCUGGGACCAUCCAGCGCUGCCAGGAGUCUGACCCGCCAGGACUUAGUGGAUUACAUCAACAGCCAUUAUAAAGCCCCUCGCAUGGUGCUGGCUGCUGCUGGAGGUGUGAACCACGAGGAGCUGGUUGGUUUGGCCAAAUCUCACUUCAGUGGAGUAUCUUUUGAAUAUGAGGGAGAUGCCGUCCCUGUGCUGUCACCCUGCCGGUUCACUGGCAGUGAGAUCCGUAUGCGUGACGAUGCUUUGCCUCUGGCCCACAUUGCCAUCGCUGUGGAAGGUGCUAGUGCUGCCAGUCCAGACAUCGUGCCCCUCAUGGUGGCCAACGCCAUCAUUGGCAGCUAUGACCUCACCUACGGCGGUGGAAAGCACCUGAGCAGCCGACUGGCUCGCCUGGCAGUGGAAGAUAACCUGUGUCACAGCUUCCAGGCCUUCCACUCCUCUUACAGCGACACCGGCCUGCUGGGCAUUUACUUUGUGACUGAUAGGAACAACAUCGAUGACAUGAUGCACUGGUCCCAGAAUGCCUGGAUGAACCUGUGCACCACAGUCACAGAGAGUGAUGUUGUCAGAGGGAAGAUGGCUCUGAAGGCCAGCCUGGUUGGACAGCUCAAUGGAACAACACCCAUUUGUGAUGACAUCGGCAGACACAUCCUGAACUACGGGCGGCGUAUUCCUCUGGCAGAGUGGGACGCUCGGAUCGAUGCUGUGACCCCCAGGAUGGUGCGAGACAUCUGCUCCAAAUACAUCUACGAUAAGUGUCCAGCUGUGGCAGCCGUCGGCCCUGUCGAGCAGCUUCCCGACUACAACAGAAUGCGUAGUGCCAUGUACUGGCUCAGGUUUUAAGACAGGUUGCUGUGUUGCACCGCGUGUCCCACGUUUGUUCUUCAUCUUCUGCCUCAACUUGAAUUCGCUUUCUUCCUGUCGUCGCUGCGAGAGCGAACACCUGAGGAUCGUCCACAUGUAGGCGUGACAGACGGCCAUCCAUACUCCCUCUCGCCUCCCUCUCUUACCCCGCCCACUCAUUUGGUUUCAGUUAUCCCCGAGGCGAGCAGCCAAUCUGCACAUUUUGAGUUUUGUCCUGAAAUGACACUCUGGUUACGUCUCAGUUGUACUACACAGGUACUCAUCACCUGCUGCUGACCUGCAAAGAGGGCAGAGAGGGCAGCGAGGGCGAAUUUGAAUAUUAAAUAUCAGCUACGUGACGUGAUACAGCCAGUUCUGAAUACAACCAGAAUGGAGCAAGAGUAUAUUUAUAAUUUCUGUAACAUUUGUUUCUGUCCACUAUUGUACAUAACAGAAGCUCUCAUUCCGACAAAAUUAAAAAACUGUAAAACAUA